GGGAUGAAUGGCCAAUAGCUGCGGAGCCGCUGCUGCCUCAUGUUUGGACUCUCUCUCCCUCUCGCUGGUGUAUGAGUGAGGAGAAGGGGGGCUCGUCCCGGCAUCCUGAGGGGAGGUAAUUUGCACGGAUCAAGGGGGCAAGGCGCCGCAAAGUAUAAAUACUGUGACUUCAAUAGAGGAUCACCAGCAGGUUCCCAACUCCGCAACCAAAGGAGGAGACUUUGGCGCACAAGACUCGUCCUUCUAUAUAUUCUAUUUGUUCCGCUUGGUCCAGAGUUGGCAGCAUCACCUCAUUUUCAAGAGGGUCGACAUUCGAACCAGCCUCACCAUUGAUGUCUUAAGCUGAGCGGAGAGCGUGUGUGAGAGAGAGCGUGUGUGUGUGUGUGUGUGCGCGUGUGUGUUUCUCCACAAGAGAGAGAGAAGGCAGUGAUGGAAGAGCUCACCGCUUUCGUGUCUAAGUCUUUCGAUCAAAAAGUGAAGGAGAAGAAGGAGGUGAUAACGUACAGGGAGGUGCUGGAGACCGGGUCCAACAGAACCGGGAGUAGAGACUCUUUAUCCGGGGAGCCAGGCAGCCGCGAGGAGGCGGCCGUUCUCAGCCGGAGCAUCGCGCUUUCUCCGGGCAGGGAGCCGGACAUGAUGAGCCCGGAGAGGAUCCGGGACGCCGGGAGUCCCAAACUCAUUGACGGUACCACCGACGUGAAGGACCGGAAAGAAGACUCGAAGCCCAUCGAGGACGAGACUCAGACCAAGAUCAAGCAGAGGAGAAGUCGGACUAACUUCACACUAGAACAGCUCAACGAACUGGAGCGACUGUUUGACGAGACCCACUAUCCGGACGCGUUCAUGCGGGAGGAGUUGAGCCAGAGGCUGGGAUUGUCCGAGGCCCGAGUGCAGGUUUGGUUCCAGAACAGAAGAGCCAAAUGCAGAAAGCAAGAGAACCAACUGCAUAAAGGAGUUCUGAUUGGAGCGGCGAAUCAGUUUGAAGCCUGUCGUGUAGCGCCAUAUGUCAACGUGGGGGCUUUACGGAUGCCAUUCCAACAGGAUAGUCACGUGCCGCCCUUCUCCUUUCAGGUGCAGGCGCAGCUGCAGCUGGACAGCGCCGUAGCGCAUGCGCAGCACCACUUGCACUCUCACCUGGCCGCGCACGCGCCCUACAUGAUGUUCCCGGCGCCGCCGUUCGGUUUGCCCCUGGCGACGCUCGCGGCGGAGUCGGCGUCCGCGGCGUCCGUGGUCGCCGCCGCCGCCGCCGCCAAGACCACCAGCAAGAACUCGAGCAUCGCCGACCUGAGACUGAAGGCCAAGAAACACACGGCCGCGCUCGGACUGUGACGCCAGGUGAGCGCGUUGACGGUGGGCGCGCACGGCUUGUGGGGCGCGUCGCCGAGGCGCCAUGAACUCUUCCAGAAAUGGACCCGCUGAGGAAACGCCAACCAAGGACCAUAUUUAUGUUUUUCUAAGUGAAGGACUGUGAGUAUAACUAUACAGAUAUAGGCUAUUUAUGGAUAAAAGAGAAGAGACUGUGACUCAAUAGCCAACACGGAUUUUUGUACGCCAAAAAAAAAAAAAAAAAGGCUGAAGAGGAGGAGGACCUUGCAGCUGGGACGGUGGAGACUUUGUCAAACAAGGCGAACCAUUUCUGCAGUCGUUUUGCUUUAAUAGUAUAUAUUAUUCAUGGGAUGAUUUCAA